UUUGGUACAAAAUCCAACUCGGAGCGCUACGCACAACCCUGGGACACACCGAAUCGCCGAAACUCACCCUUACGCACAAGCUAGACAUACUUUAGCUAGCUCCCGCGCUUCCCUACGAGACGGCUCAUUCAAUGUCUGGCGCAAAUUGACCUGGCUCUUGCUGCUGCGAACGCUAAAGUACAACUGCGAGGCCGGCUAUUGCGGCUUCUCAUCUUCCUUCGAUAUGACUCACAUUCAGCAUCAGCAAGGGUCCACGUCCUAUCGCACCGUCAGAAGGCACCUCUUUGGCGGUGCAAUCACUGCUGAAUUACCACAAAGCUUCAUCGAUGCGAGUGAGCUCCGCCAGGUACCGGAUAACCAAGAAGUGAUGAUCAGCUCCUCUUCCGACACGAGCAUUAUCCUCGAAGUGCUGGAGAGCGUUAAAGAAGGCGACGCGAACGAGAAUAUGGAGGCCGCGGUGCGAUAUCACUUCGACUCACUCGCGCACGACAAUUCGGCGCUCUCCUCUACGAUCGAAUCGACGACCUUCCUUGACACCAGCUCCUUCCCUGUGCCACCUCCGCUGCCAGAUGCGAGUUCCAUCGUACCACGCGAGCGCACGCCGUCGCCAUGGCUGGUGUCAGGCUUGCAGGUAGUGCCCAAAUACGGGCGCACCACCGAUCCGCCGCAUUGCGUGCGCAUCCACCUGGCAGUGUGGCGGUUGCGGCCAAAGAAAGACGUGGACCUCGUGCUGUCGUUCAACAUCCCGCAGCCGCAGCCGCAACCGACGGCUGCAGGUGAGACAGCCGCAAAUGCAGGCAGCGAAAUGGUUUCAGAACAUGUUUCGAGGGACGAGGCGAUCCUGGCAGAGGUGUUCCGCAAAGCAGCGAGCACGCUGACGAUCGAGGACUGGAACCUUUUCAGCUGAACUCCGAAAAGACUUUCACUGGUCUC